AUGUCGACAACAAUGGAUCAAGUAGUCAAAAAAGCAAAAGAUAGUUUCGGACAAAUGUUUGAUAAAAGUUUACAUGAUCUUGUUCGAGGUAUUCGAAAUCAUAAAGAUGAUGAAUCAAAAUAUAUUAACGAAGCUAUCGAUGAAAUAAAACAAGAACUUAAACAAGAAAAUAUGGCAGUUAAAGCAAAUGCGGUCAACAAAUUAACAUAUCUUCAAAUGCUUGGUUAUGAUAUAUCAUGGAGUGCAUUUAAUAUUAUUGAAGUGAUGAGUUCAAACAAGUUUACAUUUAAAAGAAUCGGUUAUUUGGCUGCUUCGCAAUGUUUCCAUGAAGGAACUGAUGUAUUAAUGUUAACAACAAAUAUGAUUCGAAAAGAUUUAAAUAGUGCAUCAAUGUAUGAAGUUGGACUUGCAAUGAGUGGACUUUCAUGUUUUAUUAAUGGUGAUCUUGCAAGAGAUUUAGCAAAUGAUAUAAUGCGUCUUAUGACAUCAGGAAAAGCAUAUGUUCGUAAACGAGCAGUUCUACUUUUAUAUAAAGUCUUUUUAAAUAAUCCUGAUGCACUUAAACCAGCAUUUCCACGUUUAAAAGAAAAACUUGAAGAUCCUGAUCCAGGUGUACAAGCAGCAGCUGUGAAUGUUAUUUGCGAAUUAGCAAGACGUAAUCCAAAAAAUUAUCUUGCAUUAGCACCCAUAUUUUUUCGUCUUAUGACAACAUCAACAAAUAAUUGGGUUUUAAUUAAAAUUAUUAAACUAUUCGGUGCGUUGACACCUUUAGAACCAAGAUUAGGUAAAAAAUUAAUUGAACCAUUAACAAAUUUAAUUCAUAGUACAUCUGCAAUGUCAUUACUCUAUGAAUGUAUUAAUACUAUUCUUGCUGUUCUUGUAUCAAUUUCAUCUGGUUUACCAAAUCAUAAUGCAUCUAUACAAUUAUGUGUACAAAAACUUCGUAUACUUAUUGAAGAUUCCGAUCAGAAUUUAAAAUAUCUUGGUUUACUUGCUAUGUCAAAAAUUUUACAAACACAUCCAAAAAGUGUUCAAGCACACAAUGAUUUAAUUAUGCAAUGUCUUGAUGAUAAAGAUGAAUCAAUACGUUUACGUGCACUUGAUCUAUUAUCUGGAAUGGUAUCAAAAAAAACUCUAAUGGAUAUUAUACGUAAAUUAAUGGUUCAUAUGCAUAAAGCUGAAGGAUCACAUUAUCGAGAUGAAUUAUUAUCAAAAAUAAUUGAAGUUUGUAGUCAAAGUGAUUAUACACAUAUAGCAAAUUUUGAAUGGUAUAUAAGUAUUUUGGUUGAAUUAACUCGUCUUGAAGGUACAAAACACGGUAGUCUUAUUUCAUUACAAUUACUUGAUGUUGCUGUUCGAGUUGAAUCGAUUCGAGAAUUUGCUUGUAAUCAAAUGGCUGUUCUUCUUGAGAAUUCUCAUGUUUUUCUUCUUGGUUCAAAUUCAUCAAGUGUUGCUGAAGUAUUAUAUGCAGCUGCAUGGAUCUGUGGUGAAUUUACUUCAAAUUUAAAAGAUCCACAAAAAACUCUUGAAUCAAUGCUUAAUACAAAAAUAACAUUAUUUCCUGGUCAUAUUCAAUCUGUUUAUUAUCAAAAUAUUCUUAAAAUUAUAACAUAUAUAAUAACAACAUCGGAUAAUAAUGACACAACAGCAAAAAAUCUUAUUUCAAUGUCAAUUGAUAAAAUGUCAUUAUUUCUAUCAAGUGACGAUGUUGAAGCACAAGAACGAGCUAGUGUAAUUUUAAAUAUACUUAAAGUAGUAUUAAAACUAAUUGAAAAAUCUGAAUUUAAUCUUAAUGAACUAAACGUUCUCUUCGAUGGUAUUCUUAAUCCUGUUGCUGGCAAAGCUCAACGAAAGGUUGUUGUACCAAAUGGAUUGGAUUUGGAUGCAUGGAUUAAUGAUCCACCUUCGGAAAGUGAAGAUGAAUCUGUUCCAACAAAUCAAUAUUAUGAAAAUAAAAAUACGACUCAAAAUUUAUUUUCAAAUAAUGAUAAUAAAGAAGAUUAUUACCAUAGUAGUAAUCUUAGUUCUUAUCCAGGAGAUGGAUCCGGUUAUACUCAAUCGAAAACUUAUGCUGAACCAUCAACGGAAGAAAUAGAAAAACAAAGAGAAACAAGAAAACAAAGCGAAAAAGUAAAUCCAUAUUAUCUGAAAGGCUCAACACAAACAAAAUUAAUACAAAAAACCGAUGCAUCACCAAUUAGUUCAAAUACUAAUGAUCAGUCUCAAACAAAAACAUCGACAGGAGCAUUUCCCGCAAAUUUACAACUAUCACUUUCGGAUCAAUUAUAUCGUCAAUCGAAAAUUGACGAAGAAAAUCGACGUUUAAAGAAAAAAUCUAAAACAGAUAAUGGAUCAUCGAAAAAAGGAAAGAAAUCAACGAAAAAAUCCGAUUCUACAACAGUUGAUGAAGUCGAUGAAGAUUUAUAUCCAAUCAUUAAAGUAACACGUGGUGGAGAAUUACCUGAAGGUGUAACAGAAAGUGGAAAUGAAGAUAAUGAGAAUGAUGAACCUAGUGGAAAAAAUAAGAAAUAUGAUCCACAUCAAGCAUUAAAGAAUAUUAAUUUCGAUGAAAAACCUGUACAAAUAGUUCCACCUCCAAUAGUUCAAAAACCAGAACCAGUGGAAAAAUUACCUACAACAACUGAAAAACCGAAAAAGAAAAAGAAAACAGUUGGAAAAGAAGAGAAACCAUCAUCAUCAUCGUCAUUGAAAGUUAAACAUAAACGAGAACGUAGUGAUUAUAAAGAAUUAUCAUCACCUGCCGAUAUUGAAGACAAACGUGUUGUAUCUCCAGCUCCACCACCACCACCACCGGCACCUACUACUACUGCUUCUCCUGUUGUACCAACUGAAGAAAAACCUAAGAAAAAGAAGACUAAAGAAAAAAAAUCAGCAACAACUGAUAAUAAAACUUCAGAACCACUUCUAUUGGAUAUAAUGAGCGAUGAUAUCAUGUCAGGAAAUUCAUCGAAUGAACAAUACAAUGAAGAAAAUGUUUAUAAAUUAGCAGCACAAUCUGAUAAUUUAAUAAUUGAAUCUUCCGUCAUUCCAUCGUCAUCUACUGCUCAAUUGGAUGUUACAUUUUUAUUAAAAAAUUGUACAUCUUCAAUAAUUGAUCAUAUUGGUAUUAAUGUUAUUGAUAGUAUGAGUUCAAAAUUACUUAAUACAACAAGUAAAAAUGAAAUAUCAUUUCCAUCUAUAAGUCUAUUUCCACAUUCACAAAAUUAUAUACAUAUUUAUUUUGCUAUUACGGCUAUAUCAUUUCCACAAAAAUUAAAAACAACAUUAACAUAUUCAAUACAUAAAUCAUCGAAUGAAAAUCAGACAGAAACAAUCGAAUUUAAACUUGAUCUACCUUGUUCACAAUUUUUAAGAAAAAAAACUCUUAAUUCUAAUGCAUUUGCUGAUUUAAUGAGUUCAGGUACAUUAACAAGUCAAUCACAUAUUAGUAUUCCAUCAUCUAGUCAAGAUUUUUCAUCAAUAAUUAAAACUAUUUGUCAAUCAUAUCGAUUAACAGUUGUUGAUCAAAUUAAUUCCGCUGCAUCUUUAUAUUCAGAAAGUAUUCUUGGACAUCCAGUUGCUCUUCUAUUUAAAUCAUCUAAUUCUCAAAAUGGCAUUUCAAUUAAUGGAAAAUCAAGUGAAACACAUUUUCUAUCGAAUUUAAUGGAAGAAAUCAAAAGCUUCCUUAAAUAG